GCCAAGGAGUCUUAUCAGCUCUACCGCUUCUUUCACAGGGCAUAAAAUAAACAAACAGCCAAGAUGUCUGAGAAAAAGAUGUCAUCGAGUCGCAAGCACCAUCUGAAGAGCUUGAUGCUCUCAAUUGCUAAGGGUUUGCUGGAGGUAGAGGCCAGGGAGAGAGAAGAGGAGAGAGUGAAGUAUAUGGCUGAGAACUGUCCCCCACUGUCCCUACCUUCGAGCAUGCAGGAGUUGCAGGAGCUGUGUAGACAACUCCAUCACAAGAUUGAUGUUAUUGACGAGGAGAGAUACGAUUUGGAGAUGAAAGUGAACAAGUGUGCCAAGGAGAUUGAGGACAUGAAGAUUAAAGUGAUCGACCUGAAGGGCAAAUUUAAGAAGCCACCUUUGAGGAAAGUGCGUAUGUCUGCCGAUGCCAUGCUCCAGGCCCUACUGGGCUCCAGGCACAAAGUGACCCUGGAUCUGAGAGCCAACCUGAAACAAGUGAAGAAGGAGGUGAAGGAGGAGGAUAAGGAGCUGCGUGAUGUUGGUGACUGGCGUAAGAACAUUGAGGACAAAGCUGGCAUGGACGGCAGAAAGAAGAUGUUUGAGACCGAGGCUUAGACUGGUUUCUAUUGCUCGGCUGCUUGUUGUUCUCCUGAGAUAUGCUCUUUGCAGUCGAAUGGCGCUUUCUGUUUUGGAUCUCCUUGUCCUCUUCUGGUGUUUACACACGGUCAUCUGUUUUUGGUUUGGUACAUUGGAGUGGGAAAGGCAGAGGUGGUUACCUGCAGCCAACCCCCCAGGUUGGGGUUUGCACGUAUCCAUCAUCUUACCGUCUGCCAGCCUCUGAUUUGGCCCAGCUGCAUUUGCCUGUUGCAUCACCAAUUCAGUGCUUUUUGAGACCCCUCCAAUGGAAAAUAUAUUUUGCCAAGAAAUAUAUUUCAUGUGCAGACUAACUUGUGCAAAUAAAUUAUCUGAAGGAAAAUAACAGUUUUUAAUCCUUUGUGAGCACAGCUGUUUUGCUCCUCUCUUGUUAAACCUUUCCUUUCAUAUUGCACUGUGGUUUUGCCAUUUGACCACAACUGGAAGUCAAUGCAACCAUGCCUAUGAGAUCCAAUUGGGAGCCCCCAAACCUGACCAAAUCUCUAGAACACAGCCCUUUUAAUGCUGGAUUCAUUUGGCAAAAACAUAGCCAUGAACUAAUGUCUGGGAGGCACCAAACUGUCUCUGUCUGAAGCAAGGUUAGAUUGACAAUGCUUCUGCAUAAUAUGACCAAUAUGAUUUGUAUGCAAUGGGUCAGGCAUUAUUUUUACCCACUGCAAAAAUUCAGCCUGCAUGCCAAAUAUCAGUCAAUGAACAUUGAUAGCUGCAUUUACUUGAGGUUGGCAACAUAGGAAACAA